CCUUCUUUCUUUUCCGUUCUUCUGUUCUUUUUAAACGAAGAAAUCCACUUUUCAAUUUACUGGUAUAUCUUCAUACAAAGUAGGGAAAACGAACAAGAAGCAAAAUAUUAUUUGACCUGUUAAAAUUAACCACUUUUUGAUUCAUUUCUAGUUGACGAGAUUCGCCAGUUCAAACUUCUCCAAAAAGCUCAGAGUUCGGAUUUCUCGCUUUCCCGGCGACUGCUCCGUCGCCUGUUCUCCUUUUCUGGCUAUUCUCCCGCCAUCAUCAACAGUUCAGUAAACACUGAAGAAGCUUACGAUCAGUUUAAUUUCUUUAACCUUUUUCUCAGUAGAAGUUGGAACUGCGACAUUUUCUAGACGGUGGUGUCGGACUAGCUUGCGCGGAUUUGGACUAUUCCACCGGAUAUCUUCUCCUCCCACCACCACAGGUCUUCACAAGCUAGUGGUAUAGUUGGUUCAGUUACAGAAGUGACUCCGUCUGUCGGGUGAGAAGUGAGAGAUGAAGAAAGUCAAGAGAAAGCUUGGGAAGUAUGAGCUUGGCAGAACUAUCGGCGAAGGUGCUUUUUCCAAAGUUAAGUUCGCGCAGAACACUGAGACUGGCGAGAAUGUUGCCAUCAAAGUCUUGGCGAAAAGCACCAUUCUCAAGAACAAAAUGGUUGAGCAGAUCAAAAGAGAGAUAUCUAUAAUGAAAAUUGUCAGACAUCCUUGCAUAGUUCGGCUUCACGAGGUUUUAGCUAGUCGGACAAAAAUAUAUAUCAUUAUGGAGUUUGUCACUGGAGGAGAGCUUUUUGACAAAAUUGUUCAUCAAGUUAGGCUCCCUGAAAAAGAGGCUAGACGAUACUUCCAGCAACUCAUAGAUGCAGUUGCUCACUGUCAUAGUAAGGGUGUAUAUCAUCGGGAUCUGAAGCCCGAAAAUCUUCUUCUUGAUUGCCAAGAUAACCUGAAAGUUUCCGAUUUUGGACUUAGUGCAUUCCCUCAACAAGGAGUUGACCUCCUUCAUACCACUUGUGGGACUCCAAACUACAUUGCACCCGAGGGCUAAAUGCAGAGUUUGAUGCUAUACGAGUACAAAUUUUAGGGAAAGAAGAUCUGCCAUCAUUGAAUAAGACAAUGGCCAUUAUACGGACAGAGGAAGGACGGAGGAGUGUUAUGCUUGAAACUCAAAUAAAUGAAGGAUCAACUCUUAUGACAAAAGGGACAAAUAAAAAGGAAUCUGGAGUUUCACAAUUGGAGAGCACCAUCAAGCCCGCAAGUUCAUUCAAACCGAUUGUCAACAGGGACAAUCUUUACUGCACUUACUGCAAAAAGUACCGGCACACGAGAGAGAUGUUGGAAACUCAAUGGUAAACCUCCAACCAAAAAUACUUUUGAUGGAACGCAGACACACAUUGCUAGCAGCCCUCAGGUUGAUAAAAAAAGUACAUUAGUCCCAGAAUUCAACAAAGAAGAUAUUGAGAAAUUGAAGACAUUGCUGGAAUCUCUGGAGAUAUCAUCUUCGGCAGGUAGUUGUUCAAUGGCCUUUGCAGGU